UUAGGACGCAACGCCUCAAUGCUGGGUCUGCUAUUGGCUAAAAUUGCGUUGAUAUAAUUAAAAACCACGGUUAAAAACCAAAAACAAAAACAUAAACUUAGCGCGCCAGUUUUGACAGCCGACAAAACGAAAUGUCAGUUAUCAUUGUGUCUUAGAAGUUAAGAUUAAAUUUUGCAUUUAUUUCGCAUGAAAUAACUAGUUUACUAAAUAAACAUUGUAAUUAGAGUAACUCUCUACGUUCUAGUAUCUAAUUAAUAACACAACAAUGUCAUCAACGCAACCGAUUCAUGCACUAAAUCUAGACUCGGUGCAGCAGCAAGCCUUCAUUAAAUAUUAUAAUGCAUUACCAGAUAAACCGCCAACAACAGUGCGUAUAUUCGACCGCAAUGAGUACUACAGCGUGCACGGUGUGGACGCAACCACCUGUUCUAGAGAGGUCUUCUCAUCCAUCGCAAACAUCAAGAGAAUGGGGCUCGAGCCCAACAAGCUGGAAUACCUCGUGCUGUCUAAAGGAAACUUCGAGAUUCUCAUCAAGAAACUGCUGCUGGUGCGGCGUUACCGUGUAGAAAUAUACGUAGCAGAAGGUUCGGUCAAGAACAGCGACUGGGUGAUCAAAUACAAAGGUUCGCCAGGAUGCCUGUCACAGCUAGAAGAAGUGCUGGGCGAAGGCCUGGGCUCUACUGAUGAUAGCACGCCGUGUCUGAUGGCGGUUAAUAUCAAGACUGAUCCUGUUACUAAGGGACGACUCGUUGGAGUAGCAUGCGUCACUGCAGGCGAUUACGAGUUGUCGGUGACGGAGUUUACGGACGACGACUUGCUGACAGAGCUGGAGACGAUUACCGUACAGAUGGCGCCUUCAGAGUGUCUCGUGCCUCAAGUGGAACAUGAAGAUUACAAAUCCCUAAAGAAAGUAAUGGAGCGCGCGAGCGUCACAGUAACCAAGCUGAAGCGAAGCGAAUUCUCCACGGAAGGCCUGAUCCAAGACCUGAACAGACUGCUAAAGUUUAAACCCGAUCAGCAGCAGGACGCGAACGCGUUUGAGGAGACGAGGAAGGAGACCGCGAUGUGCUGUCUGGCGGCAGCUAUCAAAUAUGUGUCUUUGAUGACUGAGAAUACUAAUUUUGGCAGAUUCCGACUAUCCACCAUCAAAGCGGAUAUGUUUCUCCAUUUGGACGCCGCGGCGCUCUCUGCGCUCAACGUGCUGCCAGAAUUAGGAGAUGCGCCUUUACCUUCCAGAAGCCUGUUAGGCUUGCUAGACCGCUGUCGGACGCAGCAAGGAAAACGGCUUCUAGCCCAAUGGCUUCGCCAGCCUCUUCGAGACAUAAACCUGAUCAAUGAACGUCUAGAUGUGGUGACUCUCCUAGUAGACAACUCGGCACUGCGGCUACAGUUGCACGAUGACCAUCUCAGGAGGGUCCCUGACCUUAGGGCGUUAGCACGAAGACUGACUAGGAAGAAAGCCAACCUGCAUGAUUGCUAUAGGAUCUAUCAAGCCAUCAAACGUCUACCGGCUCUCCUAAACUGCUUGGCGGAGGCCGACAACGCAACAGUCCACUCUUCAAUCGCCGAACCAAUUUCUGAAUUGACCGAAGACCUCGGCAAGUUCCAGGAGAUGAUUGAGACCACUGUCGACAUGGAGGCAGUUGAUAGAGGCGAGUUCCUAGUGAACCCCUCAUUCGACGAGCAACUGCAAGCGUUACGGACUGAACUUGACAACCUUCAGUCGUCAGCGGACAAGGAAUUGAACAGAGCUGCCCGCGACCUGGGCCUGGAUGCUGGCAAAACUAUCAAGCUGGAAAGCACACCGAAUGGAUUUUGCUUUAGAGUAACAAUGAAAGAAGAGCAAGCCCUUCGCAACAACAAGAAGUACACCAUAAUUGACGCCGUCAAGGGUGGUGUCAGGUUCAAAACUGGCAGGCUAGGAGACUUAACUGAAGAAUAUGUGCAGACCAGGACCAACUAUGAGAAAGAACAAGACAAGGUGGUAGCUGAAAUCGUGGGCAUUGCAUCGGGCUACUCCGAGUGCUUGUUCUGCCUGUCCCACGUGCUCUCGCGCCUCGACGUGUUGGUCUCGUUCGCGGUCGCGGCCGUCUCCGCGCCCGAGCCAUAUUGCCGGCCCGUCGUCACUGAAAACAUCGACGAAUUUGUGUUGAAAGAUUUAAGACACCCUUGCCUUGAGGUCCAAGAAGGCGUGUCUUUUAUACCUAAUGACGUCAUGUUUAAAAGAGACUCAUGCCUAAUGCACAUAGUGACCGGGGCUAACAUGGGCGGCAAAUCCACCUGGAUGCGGUCCUGCGGCGCGGCCGCCUUACUCGCCCACGCGGGGUGUUUAGUGCCCGCGUCCUCAGCAACCAUACCGAGGCUACGCGCAUUAUGCGCCCGUGUGGGAGCCGCUGACAGGGAGCAACGCGGGCAAAGCACGUUCAUGUUAGAGAUGAUUGAGUCCGCUACUAUACUGAAGACUGCAACUCCCGACUCUCUAGUGUUGAUCGACGAACUCGGCCGAGGCACGUCCACCUACGAAGGGUGCGGGAUUGCUUGGGCUAUCGCAGAGGAGCUAGCAACGAAAUGCAAAUGCUUCUGCCUCUUCGCGACGCACUACCACGAGCUUACCCGCCUGCCAAACUUGCAUCCCAGCGUCAUUGUGAACUCGCACGCCGAGGCUUCCGUAGUCGACCAACAGUUGUUGCUACUUCAUAAGAUCGCCCCUGGUCCAGCUACACAUUCGUUAGGACUUCACGUAGCUAAGUUGGCUGAUCUACCUGACUCUAUUAUAGAGUAUGCCGAAGCCAAGCAAGCAGAACUAGAAACCAACUUAUUCGAAGCAGCCAACAUAGACGAUGCAGAAUCCGAAGCCGGGCAGGCGAUGAUACUAGACUUCCUGCGUAAGUGCAAGCAGCUUGCCUCCAACCCGUCCAACGAGGUGCUGGCUAAACAAAUAGGAGAUCUGAAGAAAGACUUGAUGAAGCAGGAUAAUAAAUAUCUGCAGGCACUUAUGGCGAACUAAUGUAUUUUGAAUAAAGCUUUUGAUAUAA